AUUUUCAUACUGGCUUCUGUGUUUCCAGACUUAUCCUUCCAACGUAGAAGAGAAAUAUUGCAGUCAUUAACAUUGUGGGCUGAUUUUACUGCUUUUGAGCCAACUACUACUUUUCAUGACUACCUCUGUGCUUUUAACAGUAUCAUGGGAAGCUGCAAAGUUUUCUUACUUCAAAAUUUAAAGGUCUCUAAUUUUAUUCCUCUUCAGUUGCCUGACACAAACUCCAGGACACUUAGCGAAAGUGGCUCAGAAUCUUUCUUGUGGUUUCUUAAUGAUGCAUUACUUUGUUCCACUCCAAAUGAAACUUCAGAGAAGCUGGAAAGUAACAACACUGAUGCUGUUGUCUCAAAUGAAAAAGAGUACCAUCUGUCUGGAGAGGAAAUAAAGGAGUUCACAAAAGACUUAGAGGGUCUUAUUCCUAAGCUUUAUCUAACUAUUGAGAAAUGUUGGUCUCUUCAUCUUCAGCUUGCAAAGAAGUUGACUAUUACAUUGGCACAGUGUUUUAUAUACUCCAGAUGCUCGUCUUCAAUUGCUCCAACAAUUCAUAAAGCUAAAGGGGAUAACAAUGAAAAUCCUUUGCCUUCUAAAGUAGUUGACAGGUUGCCAGCUCAGUGGAAAACAGGUAUUGAAGGUCUUGCUGGAAUGAUUUUGAUGCUCCAAGAAAAUGCUUGCUGGCAAGUUGCGGCUGUGAUGCUUGAUUGCCUUCUUGGUGUGCCCCUUAGUUUUCCACUUGAUGAUGUUAUCCAUCCUAUUUGUAUUGCGCUAAAAAACUUCUGUUGCAAGGCACCAAAGAUAUCUUGGCGUUUGCAAACUGAUAAAUGGUUGUCAAUAUUAUCCUUAAGAGGCAUCCAUAAUCUUCAUGAAAGUGAUAUUCCUUCUCUAGUUAAUCUCUAUGUUACAAUGCUGGGUCACCCUGAACCUGAGCAACAGUUCAUAGCGCUUCAGCACUUGGGUAGAUUGAUAGGACAAGAUGUAGAUGGUGGGAAAAUGCUGCACUCUUCUAAUUUUUAUAAUCAGAUAGUUUCGCCAGGUUCAAUUCAUUCUAUUCCUGAAAAGAUACUGUCACUUUUGGUCUCUAGUACAUGGGGUCAGGUAGCUGUUCUGGCGUCAUCGAAUGCAUCAUUAUCCUUGAGGGCUUGUGCAAUGGCACUUCUUGUGGGUUUUAUUCCAUUUGUUGAUAGGCCCCAGUUACAAUCCUUCCUUGCAGCAGCAGAUAAUCUUUUAUAUGGCUUAGGCCGGCUCGUUUAUCCUAUUUGUGAGGGACAAUUACUUAAACUUUCAUUGGCACUUAUUAUUAGUGCUUGUCUAUGCUCUCCAGCUGAUGAUAUUUCUUUGAUUCCUCAAAAGGUUUGGGAAAAUAUUGAGACUUUAGGUUUUUCCAAAGCUGAAUACAGGCUUCCAGAUCUUGAAAAGCAGGCAUGCCGAGUCUUGUGUAGAUUGAGAAAUGGAGUUGACGAUAAAGAGGUCCUGAAAGAAGUGCUCUCCUCAAGUUGCACAAAACAACUUGACCCUGAAUUUGGAAGCACCCGAGAAUCAAUUCUUCAGGUCCUUGCUAAUCUAACUUCUGUUAAGUCAUACUUUGAUAUAUUCGAAAAGAAAAUGGACGAAGAGGCUAUGGAACUAGAGGAGGCUGAAAUGGAAUUGGAUAUUAUUCAAAAAGAAUCUGCACUGCAAGAAUCAUUGGAAGAUUCUAAGGGCAACCAGCUUCCACUUCAUGCCACUCCUGUGAGAGAUGAAAACCGGCUUCAACAGAUCAAGGAGUGCAUUCAUUCCUUAGAAAAGAACAAAAUUCAAGAAGAUAUAGUAGCUCGCAGGCAACAGAAACUUCGAAUGAGACAUGCUCGUCAAAAGUAUCUGGAAGAGGCAGCUUCGCGAGAAGCUGAGCUUUUGCAAGAACUUGAUAGGGAAAGGACAGCUGAAGCUGAAAAAGAGAUUGAAAGACAGCGUUUGCUGGAACUUGAACGUGGUAAAACAAGGGAACUACGACACAAUCUGGAUAUGGAAAAGGAGAGGCAAACACAGAGAGAACUUCAACGAGAAUUGGAGCAGGCCGAAUCUGGACUAAGAUCAUCAAGGCGUGACUUCCCUUCAUCUCAUAGUAGUAGGCCACGGGAUAGGUACCGAGAGAGGGAAAAUGGAAGAUCAAGUAAUGAAGGAAGCACACGAACUAGUAGCGGUCUGCAAUCCGAAACCACAUCAAUGGCUGCUAUGCCAACGGUCCUGUCUGGAUCACGACAAUUUUCUGGCCAGCCUCCCACCAUUUUACAGUCACGUGACCGUGCAGAUGACUGUAGCAGCGGUUAUGAAGAAAAUUUCGACGGAAGCAAGGACUCGGGAGAUGCAGCCAGCAUCGGUGACCUAGAGUUGGCAUCUUCAUUUGAUGGAGGGCAAUCUGGUGGUUUUGGGUCAUCCCAAAGGCACGGAUCUAGAGGGAUCAAGUCCAGGCAGGUAUUAGAGAGGCAAGAGAGGGAUGGUCGACGCGAGAGCAAGUGGGAGAGAAAACAUUAUUAUUGACCCACUUGCCAGGGAAAUGGCAAGGCUUAUUAUGAGCAUUACAUAAAAGGAGAUUUACCGGCGGCCAUUAUUGAAUCCUGAGGUGAUUCUGGUUCAUGUUGUACUUGUGCUUGUCAAUGUUGAAAAUAUGUAAAAUAUUGUUGUAGCUUCUGCCCCAAUUGACCAUAUAUAAUUUGUUAUUGAUGAAAUGGUAUUGAACAUUUCAUAGAUAGGGGCAUUAUUAAAAUAUGCAACUUUUUUU